AUGUCGUCGCCGCCAAUCCAAUGCUUAGUGACGUGGAAAGACAGCAAGAAGAUUAUUUAUGUCAACGGUCAAAACAAAGCGGAUGUGGUAUUCGCUUUGAUGGCGACAGAUCUUUGCGAUGCUGUGCUCUCCGGCCGGAUGGAGGUCUACAAUGCUCGAUUUGAUGCAUAUGUGGACACGUCAGAUGACCACAUUUUUUGUGAUGGGGACAGAAUUAGGCUUGUUGGUGAUGAGAAGAUGGUGAGAAUGGUUCCGGGCAGCAGCCUUCCUGACGGUCAGCAGCCUGCUUCCAAUAAAAGUGAUUACAGGCUGCCUCCUGUACCAUUGGAUGUCAAGGUUGCCAUCGACAAUGCUGAACUGGGAAAAGUGCCCAGUCGUACGAAAUCUAAGAUAGUUUCCUGGAUAACAAGCCAUUUGCUGACAAUCAACUGCUAUCCAGGAGGACUUUACGAGACGGCUGCAAAGGCCCUCGUGCAGGAGUAUCCCGUGCUAAGGGACACAAUCGGCACAGGCUGGACUGCAAAUGUCCUACUAGACACAGAUGUCGAGCUCGACGCAUCCGUCAUAAACGGACAUGUUGACUUCAUGACGAGGGAGAUGAAACGACGUUCUCCUGACCUACGGAAGCUCGGAGAUUCUAUGAAAAAGACUCGCUCUUCGAGAAGAAAAUGGAUUAUGGAGACGCAACCAUCAACAGCUGAUGUACUGAAAAAGUACCCAGCCUUAGCAGACGCUGAAAUGCUGCAUCAGGAGUUCAUUGCCAUCACAGGCGUAGAUUUGGUGUCAAAGUUGCUGGCAUUUCUUAACAAGUACGGGGAGAGAUGCCUCUACCUGGUGAAGUCUCGCCGCUGCGCGAAGGAGACGGUGCACGAGCUGGAAGGAGACCUCGAAAAACUGGAAGGAGAUGCCAGGAAGUAUUGCUUUGCAGUUGGCAUGUUACAGUUAUUACCCAUGCUGGUAAAGGAACAACCGAGAUUUCUAAAAGGACCGGACAUCUACCCUGCCCUUCGUUUUGAGGGCUCAAAGGCACACGAGGCCAAAGAUAAAUUUGCCGUGUUGGAAGGCCUGAAUGUGGAGGUCGUCGACAUUAUUGCUGGUGCCACGACCGUCAUGGAGAUUUAUUGGAUCUUCAACAUCAAGCACUCAAACCAGAACAAGAACACGUUGGCGCUCCUCGAGCACUUCUGCGGACUUCCAAGCGCACCGCAGGCACCAUUGCUGAUACGGGCAAUUUCUGCCAUCGAGAACGUUUGGAACAAUGUUGAAUGA